AUGAGGAGAAUCAGCUUCUCCAGGGAGAGAUUCUCCUCUUGCUGGCUCUUGUCCCCAAGAGUUUCGGUGCCUGGUUCCUGCACUUCCACGCAUCUUCGGUCCCCUAAUCUCACCGGGCGCACGAGACCACUCUCAUCCGUGACUCCAGGCUCUUCAACAUUGAACAGUUCUCAUUUGAGGCGAAAACGAGACCAUGCGCAGCUUACUUCGAUUAAGGCACUCAAUACCAGCAGUCUACAACUAGAAUCCCCCGUCUACGAAGUGGAUCAAGUACAAGAAGAACCGAUCGCAAAUGCUCUUCCAACAUGGAACUCUCCAAAGGAAGAAGCAGAAUACGCAGAGAGAUUCUAUCGCGUCAUUGAGAACGGUCAACCCAACCAAGUGAUGGCGAGUUUGACAGACCCACGGUCGGCGGGGCUGGUUGGGUCAUUACCCCAGAUCGUGUUUAUUGAGUCGCUCCACCGGCUGUCACCCGCCCAUUUUGUGGAGCCCUUCCGAGACCUCCACCACCCCUUGCAUGCCUGGUCCUCCUUGCUGAACGGCGUCAAACGUGCGGAAGAAGUCUUUGAUGAAAUGGUCCAAAACCUAUUUUUGAUCACUCGGAAUCGGACUUCUCAGGGUCUUGCAUUGGAAUUGGCGGAAUAUACCCAUCUCUUGGACUGUGCGCGAGCAAUGGGCAACGGUCCACUAGCGGAUGAUCUAUGGGAAUCAAUGAGACGAGACAGGGUUAUUCCGGAUGGGACCUGCUACAAUCACUACAUGGAAGCGAAGGUGUGGGAUCACUGCUAUACCGGUGAGGAGGCUUAUCAUUUGCGAAUCCUAGCCAAGCCUUACAAAAAGCGACGGAUGGCGGAACCCAACAGUGGCUGGCGGGGUUACGGCACAGCAAAAUACAGUAUCCGAAGGCCCGUGCUGCAACUCUUUCGAGAGAUGACGGACUAUGGACAUAUACCUGAUGAGCGCACCUAUAUCAACGUGAUGCUUGCAUCAGCUCGGACGGGCCACGGUCCUGGUUUCCGGCAUGUUUUGCAAACAGUGUGGAACGUUGAUAUCGACGCUAUCAAAGAGACAGAUGAUCUGUCUCAGCUACCGCCUCCCACACCCUACGAACCAUGGUCCGCAUUAUAUCCGACCGAGAGCCUUCUUUUCGCAGUCGCCCAUGCCUUGGGCACAAAUAAUGAUAUCACCGGUGCACUCAAGACAGUUCAGUUCAUCUCUUCGUCAUACAAUAUCCCUAUCCCCGCAAAGACGUGGCAUGAACUAUUCGAAAGGGCGUACGUUCUGUGCAGAGUCCGAGCCCCUGAAAACCGGUACGAAGAUGCCAAUAAUGUCGGUAAAGUGUCGGCAGACCUGGUACGAUCAAUAUUCACGACCAUGACCUCUGAACCCUACAAUGUCACGCCAACUAUGCAAAUGUGGCGAUUCAUGAUAAAUAUCAGCAUUGACUGCGGCAGCUUGGAAGAAUGCAAGUCGUAUUUGCAGCACGCGUAUGACCUGCUGUCUAAAACCAGACACAGGCAGCAAGAGAAACGGACAGUUAUCAUGAGGCUUCUCAAACCAGUGCUGGAAAGAGCAAAUCGGCAGGUCAAAAGGAAAGAAAUUACUUCGCCAGAUGAAUCGAUUUUUCAGGACCCUUUGCUCGCCGAAGCGAUCAAUUCUUAUAAUAUCACCCGACUAGAAGUCUACCAGCAAGCCUACAUCCUACAACGUAUUCUAUUCGUCACAGUUCGAGUCCCUAACUGGCAGGACACAAUGGAUGAGGAUUGGUGCUUAAGAGAGCGACCAAAGAUGAUCGAAGAGUGGCGCGAUUUCCUCCCCAGUCGAAUGCGAAUCUUCUACGAUCCUAAAUGCGGCACGGUCGACUUCCUGGGUCCCAAAGGCUUCAAAGACCGAGAUUGGCAUGUGGACCAGCAUCUGGCGCCUGCGCGACGAGACCCAAAUCAUAAGAAACUGUUCUUUCGUCCGGACCACCAAUUCUGGGGCGAAGCUGCAAAAUGGAAGGAUAUGUUGCUUCGAUAUCCUUGGUUGGAUAAAAGCAUGAAGCCGCUGAAUACCUUAUUCACGUUUCAAAUGCCUCUCUCGAAAGAGUUUGAGGAAAAUCUUGCAAAUUUCCGUGAAUCAUGGGUGGAUUAUCCCGAUGAUCAUCCGUUGUCCACAACGAAUAACCCUAAUGGUGGAUUCUAUGGCCGCCUUGCCGCAUUAGACAUGUUGAAGCCCAGCAAGCGAGGUGUGUAUCUGCUGGACGAAUCGUCCCGGGUUUAG